AUGGAGAGUCUGGUAAUGCUCAACCCUGAAGUGCUCUGCCCUGUGAGACCAGCCUGGUCCUUGGCAAAGGCUUGUGGUCUGUGGCUUUCCAGCUGCAGCGUCACCGAGUCUCUGCUGCUGCCCAGCAACACCACGAUCCGCCACGGCAUGGGCUGCAGCAAGGAACAGCGCGCCUCCAGCUGUGCACCCCUGCAGCUCGGUUGCCGGCAGCACGACUCAAGCCUGGCUCGUCUGGGGCAGCCCCCUGCUAGGCCCAGAUCCCAGAGCCACCCAGCCAGGCAGGGCCUUGUUCCUCCAGCUUCCAAGAACAAUGACGACAUCCUCCCAUCACCUCUGCGGCCGCUUGGCCAGCUCCACGGCCAUGGAUCCUCGUCGUUGUCGAGGGAGGCCAGGCACAGCUUCUCCAGCCAGCCGAUCUUCGACAAUGCCUGCCGCCCUUUGAUAUCUCCCCAUCAAAAUGCUCGUCCGCGUGGUUGGUCCUUUGAAGAUUUCCAGCAGCCAGUGAUCGCCUCCUCCAGUGCUCCGCAAACCCACAGAACCCACCCGCAGACGGAUCCCACACGCAACCGACAUCAACCAUCCACUGUCGAUGCGGCAUCUGCAAACACCGGGCCAAAGCAGAUUUGA